CUGCCCACAUGGGCGAGAAACUCUGCACAAGCGCGGGUUUUUUCAGUGGGAAUAUGUAAGUGUUGAACGCGUGGAAUAUGGCUCAGACCCCGGCGGUAAAGACCCCACUGCGGAGAUCCUUCAGCGAGCACGUGAAAGACUCCACCAACAAGGCUUGGGAUGUCUUCUGGAGGGGCGUGAGGGAGAGGCGGCUGUGGGAGAUUGAAGCCAAGGAGGCCUGUGAUUGGCUGCGAGCCGCCGGCUUCCCUCAGUAUGUGCAAUUAUUCAAAGACUGCAGGUUCCCCAUUGACAUCGAGUGGGCGAAGGGUGAUCACCACUUCCUGGAUAAGGAUGCCCUCGAUUCACUUUGCAGGAGAUUAAGCACUUUAAACAAAUGUGUGGAAAUGAGGCUGGAGCCACGGAGAUCAAAACGCAGAGGAGACGACCAUGAUGAAGAAGACUUCUGUGCCACCAGCCCCAACUGGACCUACGACAGGCAGACACGACGAUGGCGUCGCCUCGACUCCACAGCGGACUUCCUUCGCCUGUCCGACAGCCCCACCGGAGCCCACGAUGUGUCUCUGUGCGAUGUGAGCGACCGCCAUGACGUCUGCUCCAUCCACAGCUCCAGCAGCACAGAGAGCGAAGGCCACGACGGCCGGCGCAAGAGUCACAGAGAAGCUGCUACCAGCACCACCACCUCCACAGCUGCUACUGCCAGCACCACAGACGACCAGGAGACCAGCAGGAGCUCCUCCCGCUGCUCCUCCACGAACAAGACGCCGUCCCUGGACACCUCGUUCAGUGGACCCCCUUCCCCUGGCGGAAGUGGUGGAGGGUCAUCCACCACGAUUCUGGAGGCCGAAGGCUGCUCCCCAGAUAAACCGCCCAGGAAGAAGGGCACCAGUUUGCUGAAGAAGAUGGAGAAACUGAGGCUGAGGGGGACGACUGGCCUCCUCCCUUCCGCUAACAGCGGUGGCAGUAACAGCAGGAGUCGGGCCCGGCACGUUAUCAGCGGGCCAGUUCUGCUCCAGGAGGAGGAGCGACCGGAGAGGCUGCACUGCCUGUCAAGCCUGCAGGUUCGACCCAACAGCCGUGCAUCUUCCUCGCCCUCGUCUCCUCACACCAUCAGCAGCAGCAGCAGCAGUAACAGCCACUCAGAGAGCAGCAGCACUGUCAGCACACCCAGCCCGGUCACCCGGGUCAGGAGCAACUGCAAACGCUCCAACAGCGGCGUCGGCGUCGCCGGUGGAAUGACACAGAAAAACCAGAACCACACUGGGACAGAGGCCUACAGGAACCAGAUCAACAACAACAACAACAGCAUCCAUGAGAGUCUGGUCUUCCAAAUCCCCCACAGCCACAAACCGGGGACCUUCCCAACCUCCCUCGCACACAAGCACGCCAUCCUGUCCCCCAUCAUCGACAACACCUCCGUCAACUGGAGGACCGGGAGCUUCCACGGUUACCGGGGGCGACACAGCUCCCGCCGUGGCACGCCAUCGCUGGCCGCUGGUGACCAGGACCCCUCCUCCUCUUCCUCCUGCGACGUCCCGAGCCCACUCGCUGCGCUGGACCAUCGGCUGAGCGUCUACGACAACGUGCCCGACGAGCAGCAGCUGUCUGGAAGUGAAGGCAGCAGCGGCGGAAGUGUUAGUGAUGCAGAACGGAUGGGUGAGGAGUCAGAGGUGAGUCGGCUGUUGGCGGGGGAAGACGUUCUAUCGGCUCUGGACAGUGUUUUGGAGAGGAUCAGCGACCUCCAGCAGCUGGUCUCCACCUGGUCCGAAAAUCUGUCCGAGGACGACUGCCAGAGAGGGUCCUCCUCUACCGCUUCCUCCUCCUCCACGUCUUCCUCUUCUUCCUCCCAGGACUCACCUGCCCACGGCUCCUCGGCCGCCUCCCCCUGCCCAUCCUCCCCCAGCCACAUCCACCUGGAGGUGCAGCAUCCAGAGGAGGAGGAAGAGGAGGAGGAGGCAGAGAGCCGCGAGAAGGCACCGGUGAACGGAGAGGAGGAGAAGACAAGAUCGCCGCAGCCCAGGAGCAGCAGAGUGAGCCAGCACCUGCACUGGUCCAGCGAGCAGAGCCUGCCCUCCCUGCCCACCAGACCAGGAGUGGAGAACCAGUCUGCCUCCCAGUUCCUCCUGCUGCAGAAGCUCUCCCUGCUCAAACUCACAGCGCUGAUGGACAAAUACUCCCCGUCCAGCAAGCAGGGCUGGAACUGGACUGUUCCUAAACCACCGAGGAAGACCAAGGUGAUGGAGAUGAAAGGCCGGCGGGUCUUUGGGGUUCCUCUGCUCCUCGGCGCCCAGCAGACAGGAGAGCCACUUCCUCCCAGCAUCCUCAGAGCGCUGGUCUACCUGAGGAACGAGUGUCUGGACCAGGUGGGUCUUUUCCGGAAGUCGGGGGUGAAGUCUCGUAUCCAGUACCUCCGCGAGCUGGUGGAGUCUGACCCAGACGGCGUUUCCUAUGACAGUCAGUCUGCUUUCGACGUGGCCGACAUGGUAAAGCAGUACUUCAGGGACCUGCCUGAACCCAUCUUCACCAGCAAACUCUGCGAGUCCUUCCUCCACAUUUACCAAUAUUUUCCCAAGGAUCAGCAGCUGGUUGCGGCUCAGGCGGCCAUCUUGCUGCUUCCUGACGAGAACAGGGAGGCGCUGCGAACGCUGCUGUUCUUCCUGCGGGACGUGGUCGCGUGCGUGGACGAGAACCAAAUGACGCCAACCAACAUUGCGGUUUGUCUGGCGCCGUCGCUUUUCCACCUCAACACCCUGAAGAGGGAUGCCAACGCGCCCAGGUCGAGUCACAGGAAGUACAGCCUGGGCCGCCCGGACCAGCGGGACCUGAGUGAGAACCUGGCUGCCACCCAGGGCCUGGCCAACAUGAUCACAGAGGCCCAGAGACUCUUCCAGCUUCCAGAGUUUUGGCCCGGUCAGUGUUUAAGUGCUGGAGGCCCACCUGAUGACUUCCCCUCCGAGGAGGGAGGAGCCCUGUUGUCUCACAGUCAAAGUGGAGGUGAGGAGGAGCAUGAAGAGAGGAGGAGUAAACUCCAGCUGAGCACCCAGCACCUCCUGAAGGAGGCCAGAGAGAAGAGCCGAGGCUGGGAGAGCCACCCGGCUCCGGAGCACGUGGAGCUGGCCUUCAAGAAGAUGGAUGACGGCUGCCCGCUGUGGAUGUGGCGCGGCUCCGUGGAGGUGGAGGCUCCCCAGAAGGAGCUGCUCCACCGGCUGCUGAGGGAGCGGGAGCUGUGGGAGGGAGGCCUGCGUCAGGCCGCCGUCAUCCAGACCUUGUCCAAGGACACCGAAGUCUACCGCUACCUCCUCCAGGGCCAGGGCCACAGCCUGGGCUCACGGCCCCCACAGGAACACCUGCUGCUCAGGACCUGGCAGGCAGACCCGUCCUCCAGCCCUCUGUACCUGUCCUCUGUAUCCACGGAGCACCCUGAGGUCUUGUUGGAGGGGGUUAGGGCCCACGUCCACUCCUGCCUCUACCUGCUGGAGCCCACCGGUGCCAGGAAGACCCGACUGACGCACCUCUGUCGAACAGAUACCAGGGGCCGGUCGCCUGAGUGGCACAGCAAAGUGAGCGGACAUCUUCUGGCCUCUGGUCUCGUGGCCAUCCGGGACUCCUUCAGAGCAGUUCACAAAGAGACCAAGAUAUGAGUCAGUGCAGAGGUGGAAGCUGAGGACUCGGGAUGAUUUAUUUAUGAUGUUGCACUAAUCCGGAGUACUCACCCCCGACUUCGAAACUGGUUAAACUGCCUCCCGUCCCACCUCAUUGCAGAAUGCUGGAAAAAAAAAAGAGACUACAGCAUCGUUUUCACAGGACUUUCUCCAAGUUUUAAAA